AUGAAUAAACCAACAAUUACAUUUACAAAAUUACAUAAAGAUGCAGUAAUUCCAAAAUUAUACACAGAAGGAGCAGCUGGUUAUGAUUUAACAAUUCUUGAACCUUUAAAUAUUAGUCCUAAUCAAUUUGCAAGGAUAACAACAGGAUUAAAAUGUGAGCUUCCAUCAAAUCUCUUUGGUUUCAUAACAGAAAGAUCUGGUUUUUCUAUAAAGACAGGACUGGAAAUAUUUGGAAAUGUUGAAAAUGGCAAAGAAGUGAUUAUUUACUUAAAGAAUAUAAGUAAAGUUGCUGUAGAGUAUCCAAGUUUAACUAGAAUUGCCCAGUUAAUCUUUUUAAUAAGAAAGAAACUUCAAUAA